UGUCUGGUUGUGGUGUUUACGAUGGCACAGAAAUCCAUGAGGCCUCAGCCAUACUGGUACACCUUAGUCGUGGGGGAGCUGAGGUUCAGAUGUAUGCUCCAGAUGUUCCUCAGAUGCAUGUCAUUGACCACAGUAAAGGGCAACCAGCUGAAGCUGAGUCGAGGAACGUUUUAGUGGAAUCUGCAAGGAUUGCUCGUGGUAAAAUUGCAAGCCUGGCUAAGCUUACUACAGCAGACCAUGAUGCUGUGAUAUUCCCUGGUGGAUUUGGAGCUGCUAAAAAUUUAUCUACCUUUGCUGUUGAUGGGAAAGAUUGCAAGGUGAACAGAGAAGUUGAACGUGUCUUGAAAGACUUCCACAAAGCAGGCAAACCUAUUGGUCUUUGCUGCAUUUCACCAGUGUUGGCAGCAAAGGUUCUCUCUGGUGCUGAAGUAACUGUGGGCCACGAAGAAGAGGAAGGUGGCAAGUGGCCUUAUGCUGGGACUGCAGGAGCUAUUAAAGAACUGGGAGGAAAGCACUGUGUGAAAGAAGUAACUGAAGCUCAUGUGGAUACAAAAAACAAGGUUGUGACUACCCCAGCAUUUAUGUGUGAAACAGAAUUACAUAAUAUCUUCGAUGGCAUUGGGGCCAUGGUAAAGAAUGUGCUAAAAUUAACUGGCAAAUAAAAAACCAAAAACCAAAACCCAAAUUGUUAAAUGUAGGAUGUAGUAUCAAAUAUAAUAUGGAUCAAUGGAAACAUUUUUACCUGUGUGUCGUAUUCACACUCCAGUAAACGCUGAUAUGAAGCUGAUUUGAUUCCCAGCUGCAGGGUUUUAAAUGCCCUUUCUGAGAGGGCCUGCAGAAGAGCUUACAGAGUGCAAGCAGUCUGACCUGAGAUAGGAUUUUCUUGAGCUUUUUCAGUUGCGGAGAGCUAUGCAGACAUCUUCUGAAACCAGUCCUUGCAGUGCACCAGUGUCAAAUCAUUUCUAGGGGGGCAAAAAGAGACUAAAGGUCCUUUCAGAAGCUGAAGGCAGAUGUGUUGUAGGGAUAGCAGGUGCAGUGGUGCUGUACCUAGUGGACGAAGAAUGGGAGCAAAGAGGAAUUAAUGUGUAGUUCAAGGUUUAUGUGCUCAGGCCUGUAUCUCUGAAUUAAAAGCCAGGAUGAGCUGUCGAGGAAAUAGACAUCUUCCACAUCUUAAUUUAGCUUGGUAUUAAUUAAAAUAUUAAAAUUUUGGUUCUGCAUUUCAAAGAAUCCUGUUUUCACAAAUAUCAGUCAGCAGCAGGAUACAUCUUAACUGUCAGAACAGUAGCACUUUGAAAGAUUCAUUCAUUGGCCAUUAUAGCUGAAAAGGUCUUGAAAUGGAGAAAAUCUUUGCUGAUGUGACGCACAAUUUUUAAGGAUAAUAUCCAUGUUAAAGUAGUUGCAUGACUAGCAGCGGAUGGAAAAAACAAUCUCAGAUUAUCCUUACUUUCCCUGCCUUAGGGUAAUAAAGCUUUCUCCAAAGAAAUACUGAAUGUCUGAAAUAAUGAUGUAUAAAUAAACUAAUUUCUGCCUUUUAA